AUGCUCCACGAAAUUCUGCUCUCCCUCUCUGGGCACCCCUCCCCGCUCCUCCGCGCAGCCGCUACCCUUUCCCCAAAUGACCUUUCACCCACCCUCUCCCUCACGCCAAGCGAGGCCGCACUGCUCCAACCCCUAGCCACCUUGUCGACCCUCCACACAACAAUAGCAAGUCAGUCAAAUUUGAUAUCAAGCAGCCACCCAUCUGUCAUCUGCCGAUCUGUCGCCUCGUCGAUUCUCUCACAGCACCUCCAUUCAUUUCAGCAAUUUCUCCUCCAAAUCGAAAGUGACAUUCUCACCAAAGACAGCAAGAUGGUCGGAGGGUACAACAUUGUCCCGUUGACGCAGGUGGUGGGGUUGAUCGAGGGGACGUGGAGGAGGAGGAUGGAGUUUUUGGGGGAGGUGACGGGGUUUAUGGUCACGGGGAUGGGGAAGCAGCAGCAGCAGCAACAAGGGGAGCGGUGUACUGGACCGAGGUUGAUGGAUGUGCUGAGGAAAGAAUUGCAGACUGGUUAUGAGGAUGUGGAAGUGUUGGCGAGGGAGUUGCUCAGCGUGGCGGAGGGGACGUGGUUGAGGGAGGUGGGGGCUUGGGUAGUGUAUGGACAGUUGCCGCAAAAGAGUGAUGGGGACUUUUUUAUCAGGAGGGUGGACAGGCGUGCUGUUGCUGGGGUGGGGACUGGGGAGACGGGAGUGACGGCGCAAGAAGAGGAAGAGAUGAAAUGGGAGGAGGAGUGGGUGGUGGAGGAGUACUUACUGCCGGGAUUUGUCACGCCUGCUGCGGCGGCGAGCAUGCUCUUUAUCGGGAGGAGUUUGAACCAGAUUCGCGCCAAGGCCGUGGGGGAUUAUUCUCUGAGAGGCAAGGGGCAUUUGUCGACGCAGUUGGAGAGGUUGUCCAAGCUGCAGCAUCCGUUGGAUGCGGCGAGUUUCGGGAGGGCGAUCUCGGAUAUCAGGAGAUACCUUUCUAGGACAACUCUGCAGAAGCUGCUGCCGUUGAGUAAAGUUGUCGAGACGUUGGGGUUGUUGAGAGAUUUCUUUCUGUUGAGAAAGGGGGAGUUUGCAAUGGCGUUGACGCAGCAGGCGGAUGAGAAGAUUAGAAGUCGGUGGAAGAGGGCGGAGAAUAUGAGUUGGGAGAAGAGGGAUAAGUUGGGAAAUGUGACCGUCAAAGAAGGGGAAGUGGCUGCUGUGCUGAGCCGGACUUGGGCGGCGAUGGGGAACAUGAGGGGAGAAUAUGAUGAUGCUGGGGAUGAGGAGGAUGAAGGGGUGGAACUGGCGAGGGACUUGUUGCGGCUGACGAUUGCGAAGAGACGGGCGCCGAGCGCUUCAGGGCCGGCAGCGGUGGAGAGCGGGUUGGUGAAUAUUGCUGACACUCCGUUUCGGAACCUGCUAUUCUCGGUGCCGGUAGUGUUGACACUUAAAAUACCAUCGCCAUUGGAUUUGUUUCUGACACAGGCAGAUCUGCAGACAUAUACUGCGAUCAACUCGUACUUGCUGUCACUGAGACGAGCGCACAUACGGUUGACAGAUCUGUGGAAGAUUACCUCGUUGAGGAGGCAUCAUCCUGCACCGCCAGGGCCGUCAAGGGGAAGCACACGAGGCGGAAGAGAAACGGUAUUGCUUCUAAGACAGCGGCAAACGGCAAGGUCAGAUAUGCUUCGCAGUGCCUGGGCUACUGCUAGCGCCGCUAUCUUCUUCCUUGGGGAAACAGAAGCUUAUCUGCAGACAGAAGUCGUUGCUGGCUUGUCAGAUGGCUUCCACAGGUGGUUGACCACAGGCGAAGACGACUACCAUCCUCAGUCACAAACCGAUCUGAACAAACCUGCCCAGCCACCAGCACCACCUACCAGUAACACCACCACCACCACCACCACCAACAACAACAACAACAACAACAACAAAAACAACAACGAAGAACAAGAAGCCAACGACGACGACAUCUGGCUUAAUGAGUCAAAUACGUCUUCCCCACCACCGAAUGCUUCUUCCUUUUUGGGUCUUCACGACCCAGAGACACUGUCGCAUGCCCAUAGACUCUACCUCCGCACGCUUGUCUCGCUGUUGUUGCUCUCGCGGCCUACAUUCACCGAUCCCCUUUAUGAAUUGCUUGUCCAGAUCGACCAGCUUGUCGCUUGCGUCAACCGUCUUCAUCAGGUGUGGCAAGCCGCCGAUUUGGAAGCCGAUGUGGGUGUUGUUGAUGCGUUUGUUGAUUUGGCCAAGGAGGAGAGAGAUGUUCAGGAGGAGAUGGAGAUGGUUAUGAGGGAGAAGGGGGAAUAUGUACCCCGGAGAGUUGGGGGGUUGGAUAGGUUGUUGAUGAAGUUGGAUUUCGGGAGUUGGUUUGGUGGUGGUAGUGGUUCUAGGGAGGAUUAUGGGAUAGAAGGGGAAAUAGGGGUGGAUGUGGUAGGGGGAGAACAUUCUUGGUCGUAAGGGUGGGCUGAAUACAUGGUGAGGAAGAGCUGGAAGGUGAAAAUCAGAGUGAGGAAGUCGCUUUCGGCAAAACUAACGACCAACAAAAGCAUGAUUAUGGCAAAUUCCCAGCAGAAACGGGAGACGGACAGCAGCUGCCGCGUCUGCGACGGAAGAAGGGGAUGCAUUUUCGGAUCAGCAGUGAGGGACAGCGUGGACGAGUGUCCUGGCAGCAAAGCAAGCACAGCAGGGUGAGAGGCGUGAACAGUUUUAGCAUAGCGAAGAGUACGAAAGGCAGUGUGCAAAAGUGGCAAAUUCAAGGAUCAUGUGACUGAUAUCAUGGUAUCGAGGACAAUAAUUUGUGUAUACCUGCUGGGGAUUCCCAUUCGGUCAUCAGAACCAAAUGAAGCUCUCAGGCCAUCCCCGA